UCCGCCGCCCUGCCAAGACGAGCCGAGCCCACCAGAGCGGGUCGGGCGUUGGGGGCCCUGGAGUGCGCCCCGGGCGUCCUUAGCCAGUGCAGCAAACGCUCGUUAGGCCCCUGGAGCCGGCGCGAUGGCAGGCGAACGUGGUGCGCUUAGAAGUUUAGGAGAUAGUUGUUCAGUUGGUGUUGAGCGUUUUGACAUCACAGAGAAACUGACAGGACGUGACUGCACCUGUUCUCGGCAGUGAACCGAUUGACGGGUGCUGUGCGGACCUUAAAUGUUCCUCAGGGUUCGCUCCUUCGCCACACGCUUCCUGAGAAUACCUUCUGAAGGUCUCGAAGGCUUCGGGACCCUUGGAUUUGAAAAACGCUGACUAGAUCCAGCCAAAUGCUUUUGCUUUGACAGAACUUAGAUUAGAAUCAUAGGGCUGCAAUCUUUUUUGGUAUUUGUGUUCUACUUUGUUUUUAUUUGUGAUGAUUUUACGAGGUAUCAUGAAAAAUUUUCUCUCUUGAACAGGCUUGUUUACUUUUAUAUAAGGGAAAUGAUUUAACCUGGUAUGGUUCCUUUUUUAACUGUCAGGGAACUAGAAGCCAAGUUUAUGUCAGUUUUAUAAUUGUAGGUGGUUGGCAUGUUUGCUUUUUUCCAUGAAUUUAUUGCAUUCUAUUUUUACAGCUUUUAAUUAUAUGCUUUUUGCAGUCUUUUAGGAAGCAGUGUGUAUCAGUGCUUUUAAGUUUAUACAUAAAUGAAUAAAUUUGUGGUGGGAAAUUACUGAUGCAACUAAAAUCAUGAUAUUUCUAUUGGGAUUGGGUUAAUAUGUUUCUUUUUCACUUGGGGAAAUAUUACCUUCUCCCAAUUGUAGCUUCUUUAUUUCUUUGACCUGUUUAAUGGAGCUGGUACAUACGCAAGGCUGGUGGCGUAGUGAUUAAGUACUAUGGCUGCUAACCUAAGGGUCGGCAGCUCAGAUCCACCAGGCGCUCUAUGGAAACUCUAUGGGGCAGUUCUACCCUGUCCUGUGGGGUUACUAUGAGUCAGAAUCGACUCGACGGAACUGGGUUGGGGUUUGGUACUAAUACAUAGUGCAUAGUGUAUUUUAGAAAAUUUGUGCAAAAGCUUAAAUUUUUUUUUUUUAAUUUAAAACCAUGUUUGACAAACCUCUUUCCACAAGUAAUUGAAACAAAAUGUUUUCCCCAGCUGAAUUCUUGAACACUCAUUUCUGGGGAAACUCUUGAGUUUGAGGACAGCAGGAAUAUUUAUACAUGUGUGUGAUCCAUAUGUUGCUUGCUUUUGUUUGAAUUUCCACCAGAAAAUUUUUGGGUUCAGGCAUCUUAUGUGUAGAUCUAUUUUCAGAAGUUUUGUCAAUGUGCUUUAGUUCGUUAAAUAUGUUAUGUUGGAGCCCUAGUGGCACAGUCAUUAAGUGGUACAGCUGCUAACCAAAAGGUCAGCACUUCAAAUCCACCUGCCACUCCUUGAAAACCCCAUGGGGCGGUUCUACUCUGUCCUAUAGGGUCGCUAUGAGUUGGAAUGGACUUGAUGGCAGUCUGGUUUUUUGGGUAAAUGUUAUGUAGACAAUAAGGUAUACACUAUUCAUUUUCUGGUGCUUGUUGAGUUUGAUCAUAUACAGCGCUUUUUCCAUUGGGGUUUUGUAUGUGAGUGUAUUAGGUUAAAUUUACACACAGCAAAUUAGGUUCCCAUUUAACAAUUUUUGUACAAAUUAUUCCAUGAUACAAUUUUAACAAUAUAUCAGUAUUCUCAUUAUUUCAUUUCUGUUUGUUCUCUUUCCAUUGAUCUAGCUUCCCUUUCCCUCCUUACCUUUUCAUCUUUGCUUUAGGGUAAAUGCUGACUGUUUGGUUCCCUAUGUUGUUCUUAGGUGCCAUCAGGGCGUUUCCAUGUCACAGCGACCCCGUGUACAGCAGAACGAAACACUGCCAGUCCUGCACUAUCCUCACAAUCCGUGUUAUGCUUGAGACCAUUGUUGCAGCCACUGUGUCAGUCCAUCUCGUUGAAGGUCUUCCUCUUUUUCGCUGACCCUCUACUUUACCAAGCAUGAUGUCCUUCUCCAGGGACUGAUUACUUCUGACUAUAUGCACAGUCCUCGCAUCUGAGGAGCGUUCUGGUUGCACUUCUUUCAAGACGGGUUUGUUCGUUCUUUUGGCAGGCCAAGGUAUAUUCAAUAUUCUUCGAUAACAUCAUAAUUCAGAGGUGUCAGUUCUUCUUUGGUCUUCCUUGUUCAUCCUCCAGAUUUCACGUGCAUAUAAGGCUAUUGAAAACAUCACGGGUUGGGUCAGGCCCACCUUAGUCUUCAAGGUGACAUCUUUGCUUUUUAACACUUUAAAGAGGUCUUUUGCCUCAGAUUUGCCCAGUACAGUGCGUCUUUGGUUUCCUGACCACUGCUUCCAUGGGUUUUGAUUGUGGACCAAGUAAAAUGAAAUCCUUGACAACUUCAAUGUUUUCUGCAUUUAUCAUGAUGUUGCUUAUGGGUCCAGUUGUGAGGAUUUUUGUUUUUUUUAUGUUGAGGUGUAAUCCAUACUGAAGGCUGUGGUCUUUGAUGUUUAUUAGUAAGUGCUUCAAGUCCUCUUCACUUUCAGCAAGCAAGGUUGUGUCAUCUGCAUAACGCAGGUUGUUAAUGCGUCUUCCUCCAAUCCUGAUGUCCCGUUCUUCUUCACAUAGUCCAGCUUCUUGGAUUAUUUGCUCAACAUACAGAUUGAAUAGGUAUGGUGAAAGGAUACAACCCUGACGCACACCUUUCCUGAUUGUUUAAGGGAGCGCGUUGCUCACGGUUGAUAUUGUUUAUUUUAAAAGCCAAUCUACUAUUUGGCAGAAAGGUGACCUCCAGAAGUAGCUUCAGUUCCAAGUUCAAAGGGUAUUUUUGGGUGAUGACUUUUUUAGGAGUUUGAAUUUCGUUCUACAUCUUUCUCCAAUUCUAUCUGGGACCUUCUAUCGUGUCCCUGGUCAGAACAGUCGGUAGUGGUAGCCGGGCACCAUCUGCUUCUGGUGUCAGGUUAGAAGAGGCCAUGAUUUCUGUGGGCUGUUAGUCCUGUGGACUAGUUUCUUCUUUGAGCUUUUGAUUUUCUUCAUUCUCUUUUGCUCCACAGGAGUAGAGACUAAUAGUUGUAUCUUAGAUGGCUGCUUGCAAGCUUUUAAGCCCUCAGACGCUACUUAUUCAACUGGGAUGUAGAACAUUAUCUUUAUGAACUAAGUUAUGCCAGUUGACUAAGUUGUCCCUGAGACUAUGAUCCCAUGCCCUUUACCCCAGUAAACUGAUCCCGUGAGUUUGGAUAUAUCUGGGAAGCCUCCAUAAAUGUGCCCAUAUGUGCUUUGUUAUGGAUCUGUCUGCAGCACACACAAACAUGUAUGUACACAUGCCUAUAGAUAACAGCUUGUUGCAGCCACUGUGUCAGUCCACCUCGUUGAGGGUCUUCCUCUUUUCCGCUGACUCUGUACUCUGCCAAGCAUGAUGUCCUUCUCCAAGCAUAACAGCAAUUAUAAGGAUGAUUUAGGACCGGGCAGUGUUUCGUUCUGUUGUGCAUAGGGUCGCUAUGAGUUGGAAUCGACUCGACGGCACCUAACAACAACAACAACAUAGAUACACCUAUACGUGCACAUGCAUUUACUCACCCAUGCCUUCUUACACACGUGUGCAUACAUAUCUACCUACGUAACCACGUAUUUUGGUUCUUGUUACUGUUGUUCCAAAAUUAUGUGUGUUAUAGCAUUCACCAAAAUUGUCCCUUUUUCUUUUGUAUUUCUCAGUGUUUUUAUUUACCUUGGUCAAGUUGUGCUGACUUUACCCAUAUUUGGUAUUGCCUUUCCCUUCACCAAAAAUAACAAGUAUCUACUAUCCAGAAAGUGAUUUCCCCCUUCUCACCCUCCCAUUCCUGGUAACCAUCAAAGUGUUGCUUUCUGUGUGUAUGUCUGUUCUUGACUUUUUAUAAUAGUGGGACCGUAUAGUAUUUGUCCUUUUGUGAUUGACUUACUUCAAUCAGUAUAAUGUCCUCCAGGUUCCUCCAUGUUAUCUGAUGUUUGGUGGACUCCUCGUUAUUCUUCGUAGUUGCAUAGUAUUCCAGUGUGUGUAUGUACCAUAAUUUAUCCAUUUAUCUGUUGUUGGGCACUUAGGUUGUUUUGCUUCUUUUUGCUAUUGUGAAUAAUGCAGCAGUGAACGUAGGUGUGCAUGUGUCUAUUCGUGCCACUGCUCUUACAUCUCUUGGAUAUAUACCUGGGAGUUGGAUUGCUGGAUCAUAAGGUAUUUCUAUUUUUAGCUUUCUGAGGGAGUGCCAUACUGUUUUUCAUAGUGGUGGUACCAUUUUAUAAUCCCACCAGCAAUGUGUAAGACUUCCAAUCUCCCCACGACCUUGCCAGCAUUUGUUUUCUGCUUUUUUUUUUUCCUAUCAUUGCCAUUUUUGUGGGUCUGAGGUAAUAUCUCGUAGUUUUGCCCUAUGGGGCAGUUUUACUCUGUCCUGUGGGGUCGUUAUGAGUUGAAAUCAACUGGAUGGCAACAGGUUUUUUUUUAAUGGCUAAUGAUCAUGAGCAUUUUUUCAUGUAUUUAUAGGCCCCCUGAAUGUCCUCUUUGGUGAAGUGUUUGUUAAUGUCCUUGGAUUGUUUGUCUUUUUGUUGUUAAGUUUUCUAUGUAUUUUAAAGAUCAGUCCCAUAUCAGAUAUGCAUUGCCGAAGAUUUUUUCCCAGUCCGUCGGUUCUCUUUUCACUCAUCUGGUAAAGCCUUCUGAUGAGCAUAGGUAUCUAAUUUUUAGGAGGUCCCAGUUAUCUAUCUUCUGUCGUUUUUGCAUUUUUAGUUGUAUUUGACAAGCUGUGCCAAAUAUUAAGUCUCCUAGUUUUGUCCCUGUGGUAUCUUCCAGGAACUUCAUAGGUUUAACUUUAACAUUUAGGUCUUUGAUCCAUUUUGAGUUAGUUUUUGUGCAUGGUAUAAGGUAUGAAUCCUGUUUCAUUUUUCUGCAAGUGGGUAUCCAGUUCUCUGCCAGCACCAUUUGUUAAAGAGACUGUUUCUUCCCCAUUGAAUAAACUUUGAGCCCUUGUUGAAGAUUAGUUGCCCUAUAGAUGGGUGGAUUUACUUCUGGGUUCUCAGUUGUAUUCCAUUUGUCUGUCAUUGAACCAGUACUGGGCUGUUUUGAUUAAAAAAAAAAAAAAUUUUUUUUUUUUUUGUUUUGAUUACCAUGGCUAUAUAGUAAGUUUUGGAAACUCUGGUGGCGUAGUGGUUAAGAGCUACAGCUGCUAACCAAAAGGUUGGCAAUUUGAAUCCACCAGGCGCUUCCUGAAAACCCUUUGGGCCAGUUCUACUGUGUCCUAUAGGGUCACUAUGUGUUGGAAUCGACUCGACGGCAAUGGGUUUAAUUUUUUUUUUUUUUUGGUUUAUAGUAAGUUUUGAGAUUGGGAAAUGUGAGGUCUCCGACGUUAUUCCCCUUCAGUCUUCCUUUAGCUAUUCGGGGCCUUUUUCCUUCCCAUAGAAAGUUGGAGAUUAGUUUUUCCACUUCAUUAAAGAAUGUCCUUGGGAUUUGGAUUGGAAUUGUGUUAUAUUUAUAGAUCACUUUUGAUAGUAUUGACAUUUUCACAAUGUUAAGUCUAAUGAUCCAUGUGCAAGGAAUUUUUUCCACCUAUGUAAAUCUCUUUUCAUUUCUUGCAGUAGUAUUUUAUAGUUUUCCUGUAUAAGUCUUUUGUGUCCCUAGUUAGGCUUAUUCCUAGGUAUUUUAUUAUUUUGGGGGCUGUUGUAAAUGGUAUUGUUUUCUUGAUUUCCUUUUUGGAAUCUUCAUUAUUAGUGUAGAAGAACCCAAAUGACUUUUGUGUGUUGAUCUUCUACCCUGCCACUUUGCUGAAUCCUCCUGUCAUGGAUUGAAUAAUAUCCCCCGAAAAAUGUGUUUCAGUUUGGCUGGGCCAUGAUUCCCAGAAUUAUGUGGUUGUCCUCCAUUUUGUGAUCGUAAUUUUAUGUUAAAGAGGAUGAGGGUGGGAUUGUAACACCCUUAUAAGGUCACAUCCCUGAUGCACCACCUUUUAUCUUAAAGGAGAUAAAACAAAAGGGAAGCAAGCAGAGAGUCGGGGACCUUAUACCAUCAAGAAAGCAGCGCCUGGAGCAGAGUGCGUCCUUUGGACCCAGGGUCCCUGCAUGGAGCAGCUCCUAGUCUGGGGGAAGAUUGAUGAGAAGGCCAGCAGAGGAAGGCUUACCCUAGAGCUGACACCCUGAAUUGGGACUUUUAGCCUAUUUUACUGUAAAGUGUAGCAAUGGCUGCUGUUUAUUCUGGCAUUUCCUUUAAGCUUAAAAGCAAGACAACUUCCUGGGAAGAUAAACUAAAACUAGCUCACUUUGCUUGGAUUUCCCACCAGUGCUUCCUUCCAAAUAAAGAACAAGUAUUACUUGAUUGGGCAAGACAGUCAUUGGUUGCAUUUUAUAAGAAAAAACUUGAACUGGAGGAAGACAUUGUCGAAAGGCUGUGGAUCUAUAUAGAUAACAUUCUACAUAGCAGAAAAUUGCAGAGUCUCCUCAAGAAUGGAAAGACGAUUAACCUUCAGAUUUCACUAGUCAAGAUCAUAAAUGAAAGAAUAGCCGAGUUCUCCCUGUUGGGAUCCCAGAGAAACAUCUGUGCUGUCCUGAGCUGCUGCCGGAGCAUCCUUUCAACACCUGCCCUUGCUGUCAUUUAUGUCGCCAAGCAGGAGCUGAUGGUGGCACUCCUGAGCCAGCUGUGCCGGUCAGCCUGCAAGCAGCCAGGAGGAGCUGUGGUAGCCCAGCUGUUCGAGGUCAUCCACCUGGCCUUUGGCCAUUAUCUCUUGAUCCAGCAGCAGCAGGUAAACCCGAAACGUGCCUUUGGGGAAAUGAUCGGGCACCUGUUCCAGCCUUGCCUGGUCCUGCGACACUUACUCUCGGUGGGCCAGUGGGCGCAGGGCGGCCAGGGACAGCUGCGGCAGGCCCUGAGCCGGGACAUUAGGAAUCAGAUAGAGGCCCUGCUUCGAGGCGGAGCUUUUCAGCCCGAGCUGCUUUCUUCCUAUAAAGAAGAGCUCCUAGAACAGCAGCAAGGCAAUGCAAAGAUGGGGGCUAUGAAAAACCUUCUGACACCCAUUGACACCAUGGUCGCCAAGCUGGUAGAUGCUGGCUGCUGUGAGCCAUCCCUGCAGGCAACUGUUGUGGCCAGCUCAGUGGCCUUGCUAUACAGGCUCUUUCUAGAGUCUUACUUCAAGGAGGGGAACCAACUGCUGUGCUUCCAUGUGCUCCCCAAGCUAUUUGGCUGCUUGAGAAUUUCACGUCUAGAGGAGGAACAGGUAAAAGCCCUGUCCACGUCAGACUGGACCACAGAACUUUUGGUCGUGGAACAGCUUCUAAAUGUAGUGGUCAACUACAACAUCUACAACGUUGCCGCCGACAGGAUCCGGCACGGGGAGGUUCAGUUCCAGUUUUACCGCCGUCUGGCCGAGUUGCUGAUAAAUCAUUCGCAAGCAUCAGUGCCAGCCUGGUUCCGCUGUCUCAAGAUUUUGAUCUCUCUGAAUCAUUUGAUUUUGGAGCCAGACCUGGAUGACCUGGUGGCCGCAGCAUGGGUUGAUGCAGAAGUCACAGAGUUUCGAACCAAGAAAGCUCAGGAGGUGCUUAUUAACACUCUGUUCCAGACUUAUGCCAAACUCCGACAAGUGCCCUGGUUGUUCAAGGGCGUUCUGGAUGUGCUCUGUCGUCCGGCUGCUGAGGAGCUGAGGCAGCCUCUUCUGUCCUCAGGCCCUUCCUUGGUGCUCCGUGAAUGCCUUCUGGAGCUACCCCCAAAUCAGAUCUUGGACACGUGGGCCCUUGUGUUGGAGAAGUUCCAGUCUUUGGUCUUGCCUUGUUUGCUAGGUGACACCGACAUGGCCCUGAAGUCGCUGUCACUGAGCUCAGUGCUACAUUGUGUCAUGUUCAACAUGAGAAGCCCGGACAGCAGCACCCCGCUGCCUGUGGUCAGACGGACUCAGUGUUUGAUGGAGAGCAUGCUUCACAGGCUGGUGCAGCCCUUGCUCUGCCUUCUCGUUGACCCCCAGGGCCCAGCACUCAGCCUGUGGCAACAGAAGGUUAGUGACUCUGCACUGCUGCUUGCUUACACGUGGGCCCAGGUGGAUACAAUGCUGAGUUUAAACUGUAGCCAAUAUCACUCUGUAUCCGGGCCCCUUACAGGUGUUGCUCUGGAGAGCUCAAACCUCCAUUCUUUGCUCCCAGGUAUAGAAACGAAACAUUGGAAGAAGAUAGAAAAGCUCACAGCUCAGUUUGACUCUCUUGGCAGGUAUUGCCUAGAACAGCUGUAUCUGCAGAAGAUGAAAAGGACUUUAAUGCAAGCUGGUUUCCAGUCUGAAGAAGCGCUCCAGACCUUGAGAUAUGAUGCUGCCUACAUUCUUCGUUCUGGCAAAGAGAGCUUGAGUCAAAGGACGAUGGCUUCCUGGGAUGGCCAUGUGGGGACCGUGAGUACUCUCACCUACCCCAUAGCACACUGGUACUUGAUUGCCUCAAAUCUCACAAUUUUGAUAUCUUACCUUUGCCAGGAUGAUGUGAGAUACCUGGCUAGUGUCCUGCUAAGGAAUUUACCAAAGAGCAAAGCCCCAGAAAACCCAGCAGAUGAAGAGCCUUGUAUCACCCUUGAAAAGCUAUCAAAGGCCAUUCUUCACAGCCCUCUCUUUCCAGAAAUGCAGCCCCUUCAUUCUGUUUUCUUAAUGUGUGUAAUUGCAAGAUGUACUAACAUUCUGAUUUCUGGUGCCCAGAGUGACGUGGGUCUUCUCAGUCAGCAGCUACCCUGGCUUUUUGAAAAGGACCACACAGUUGUGGCUUAUUGGGAAAACAGACUAGCAAAUGUUGGACCUGAGCGUAUAGAGCCAAGAGGAGAAAUUGCCCAGAAUUUGCUAUCGUUGGUCAAGGGUGACUGCCCCAUCGAGCUGGAUGGAGGACAAUUGGAAAGCAUCCUGGAGCUUUUGGAAGUGAUUUCUGCUCUGCAGCUGGACAGUCUCUUGGCAGCCUAUCACCUGCACUGCUUUCUUCUGUUACUGUCCAUGGCCAUCACCAGGCUGGGGAGCAGUUGCCCCUCACUGCCCCUCAAGUUUCUGACGACCUGCUACCGGCUUCUUGGUUUCCUGCAGAGGGGAAAGAGUGCCCGUGUGGUGUUCAGGAUCAUGUAUGCCAGUGAUGUUUUUCAGAUCAUCCUGACCUCCUUGUUCAAAGCCAGUAGCCGAUUUCUCGUUGAUACAGAUGACCCCUCGUGGUUGGAAUUUCUGCAAGAGAUCGGGACAUUCUUAGAACAGCUGAUGCAGAUACUCAUCCAGGUGAAGCUGAGCUUGGUGCUCAAUUUUGGGAAAAUCAUCGCAUUUCUUUCAAGCUGCAGACCAGACACCGAAGCAGCUUCCGGCAACCCGCAGGAAAACCAGACUUGUCUGGGCAGGCAGCUCCUGCUGGUGUCCUUAACUAAGUUGUGCCAAGUCUUGGGGCCGUUUGUCAGAGAACGGAAGCAGCACCGGGAACCCUCCGAGGUGCUGCCCGAGCUGCUGCAGCAGGCUGUUCUGCAGACGGGGGCUGUGCUGCAGCUCUGCUUAGAGCCCGGGGCCUCUGGCCGGCGCCUGCCCCCGGCCCUCCUCUCAUCCGUCACCACCCUCCUGGAAGCAGACAUGAGCCAGCACUCUAGGGAGAGAGAGGCAGAGACUCCCCAAGUGACAGACAAAGUGCUGGUUCCACUAUACCAGACCGUCUACUCUCAGAUAGCGUCAGAGUUGCCGGCUCUAGCAGCCAACGUUCCAGCCUUUCAGGCAGCCUUGCGGUUUUUAACUCUCUUCUUUUUGGCCCCAGAACUCCAUCCCAAGAAGGACUCCGUUUUUACCUCCACGUUUCAUUCUGUGAGAAGAAUUCUUACAGAUCCGGAAGUUCCAGUUCAGGUGAUUCAGGAGGUGGAGCCUCAUCUGGGAGCCUUGUUUACUGAGAUGUUGGCGGCUGGGACAACCGAGGACUUCCGGAUGGUGAUGCGGUGUGUUCUCCAAGGACUGGAUGUCAGUAACAUGUGGACAGCAGAUUUGCAGGCUGUCUUGUCAGCUAUUACACUGAUCAAGUUGCUGCUGAGCUGCCCAGUCGGUGGAGAGAAAGCGAGUCUGUUCUGGCUGGCGUGCCCCCAGAUAAUCACAGCUCUGACUCUGCUAAACCGAGAGGCUUGCCAGGAGCAGCCUUUGAUCCUCACGGUUGUGGGGCCCAUUUUAGACAUCCUGGCUUUGCUGCUGCGGCAGGGGGAGGAGGUCAUUCAGAACCCCCACCACGUCAGUCUGGCCUUCAGCAUUCUCCUGGCAGUGCCCGUGGAUCGGCUGAAGCCUUCGGAGUACGGCUGCAUCUUCCCAAGGAUUCACAACGUGCUCUUUUCAAUCCUGCAGUGUCACCCUAAGGUAAUGCUGAAAGCCAUCCCUUCUUUCUUGAACUCUUUUAAUAGAUUGGUGUUUUCAGUUAUGCAGGAAGGGCGACAGAAAGACAAAGGAAGCACAGACGACUUGACAGUGGUCCUAGAGUGUGCGCGCCUGGUUGAAAGGAUGUACAGCCACAUCGCAGCCAAAGCGGAAGAGUUUACCGUGUUUUCCCCAUUCAUGGUGUCCCAGUACGUGACAGAGGCGCAGAAGGUGACCUUGUAUCCAGCUGUGAAAGACCUUUUGCAGAAGGGUAUUUAUCUCAUCCUGGACCUCUGCCUUGAACGGGACAUCCAAUUCUUAAGGGUCUCAUUGCAGCCAGGAGUGAGAGAAGUCUUUAAAGAGCUGUACAGUGAUUAUGUCAAGCAUCACAAAGCUAAACACGAAGGCGAGAAAAGAUACACUGUCUAAUGCUGCGCUUCAGAAUACCUACCUUGGUGCUUUAAAAAGGCUUUGGGGAACUCCUGGGAGAAUGAAAGACUUCACAUGUUAUAAUUUAUAAUGUUGAAAUAAGUGAAAAAUCUUUUGGGAUUUAUAUAAUGUAUCUUACGGUCAUGGUUUUUUCAUUGAGUAUUUUUUAAUAUGCCUUUUUAUGUAGUAAGUUUAUAAUAAAAUCCUGAAAAAAGACCCUGGAAUGAAAUUAAUAAAAAAAAAAAUUGCUGUA